GAAAUUGUUUGAAGGUCUGAAAAUGGCAUCGAUAACAGGAAGUCCGGCAUUGAUUACUCUGAGACAAUUGCUCUCUGAACUUAGGAAGCAGAGUUCUACUAAAAAACUCGUAGAGAACCAAAUGGCUAGAUACGUUUUAACAGAGUAUCGAAAAUAUCAAACCACUGAUCAACAACUUUGCAAGGCGGCUGACGAAAUGCACUUUAAAGCCAAAUCUUAUUAUGAUUAUUUACACUUUUCAAGACGUUACAAAGAGAUUAACACAGAAUUCAAAGGAAAAGGAGAAAGGAGUGUGGAAGAUACGGCUAGGAUGGUCGGUUUCAAACUACCGCAUGAUCCAAAAUAAACAAACUGAUUUUGUAAAAAUUGUAUGUAUAUUUUCUAAAUUAUAGUGUUUAUUUCUAUGCAAUAUAGAUAGAUAUGGAAAAUC